AACUAGUUCCUGUUUGCUGUUGCCUAGUUGUGAAAGCAGAAGGCAUGUUGGCCGCGGAACACUCUUGCAAUGCGAGAGGAACACCUCUCACCUCCUCCUCCCCUCUCUGACACUAGCGCUGACACUGGUCCUUUGUGGCAUGGCAUCAGAGAGUAGUGUGAGUGCUUGGAGCUGCAAGCAGGUAGCCCAGUGGCUGCAGGUGCAAGGAUUCGACGACUAUGUGGAUCUGCUGUGUGCUGACCACCGCCUAGAUGGACCCAGUCUUCUGGCUCUGACUGAGGCCGACCUGCGCGGGCCUCCUCUGAGCCUCACGGUGCUGGGAGACAUCAAGAGGCUGGCCAUAUCCCUUCGCCAGCUCCAGAGACAGAACCAAGCCCAGCUGGAGGAGCUGGGUCUCCAGCCUAGGGACAGUCUCCCGCAAAGGCCCGGUGCGGCGGCCGAGUGGAGCUGUGACGGAGCCGACAGGCACUGCAAUAGAGGAGAAUGCUCUGGGGAUGGCACUGAGCUACGACUGAGGAAUGGAGCUCGAUCUGAAUACAGAUCUGGAGCGAUGCAAUGUCACACGCACUCCAACGGGAGGUGUCGGCAGGACCUGGCCGGAAGACUGGACCCGGAGGUGUGGAAGACCAUCAUUAGUGUCAUUUAUGUGUUUUCAGUGUUUGGCUUUACUGCCUUUGUUAUGGUCAUUGUACACGAGCGAGUACCAGACAUGGGGACCUAUCCACCGCUUCCUGACAUCUUCUUGGACAGUUUUCCCAGAAUCCCUUGGGCUUUUGCAAUGGCUGAAGCCUGUGGCCUCAUCCUGUGCUACAUGCUUAUAUUGAUCCUGCUGCUUCAUAAACACAGAUCCAUUCUCAUUAGACGGUUGUGUUCUCUGAUGGGAACUGUGUUUUUGCUCCGCUGCUGCACAAUGUUCGUCACCUCGCUCUCUGUGCCUGGCCAGCACCUCAAGUGCGCCAGUAAGACGUACGGCAAUUCGAUAGAAAAGAUACAGAGGGCACUGACAAUCUGGGUCGGAUUCGGGAUGACUCUGACCGGCGUCCAAACAUGCGGCGACUACAUGUUCAGCGGUCACACGGUUGUCAUUACCCUGCUCAACUUUUUUGUGACAGAAUACACUCCAAGAACGUGGAAUUUGAUUCACACCAUCUCCUGGGUGUUGAACCUCUUCGGGAUCUUCUUCAUCCUGGCAGCGCAUGAGCACUACUCCAUCGACGUCUUCAUCGCCUUCUACAUCACCACGCGCCUCUUCCUCUAUUACCACACCUUGGCCAACACCCGUGCCUACCAGCAGAGCCGCAGGGCGCGCAUCUGGUUCCCCAUGUUCUCCUUCUUCGAGUGCAAUGUGAACGGACCCGUCCCCAACCAGUACCACUGGCCCUUCAGUAAACCUGCCUUCAUGAAGACCCUCAUUGGGUAGACUGUAAUGCUUUCCCUUCAUCCACCCCGAGUGUAGGUGUGUGUAUACAAACUGCAAGUAGGAUGAAACAUGUUCACCAAAGGAACCCCAAAGAUAUUUGUUAAUUUAAAAAGCCUCUCUAACCUAAUAACUUAUUUUUUGUACAUAGUAUAGUACCUAAUUGUGGGUUGUUGUUGUUUUCUUUAGUUUUUUGGUUGGGGGGGGGGGGGUCAUAAGUGCUGCAAGCACUGAACACAUCCUGGAUGGAGUGCACAGGUUUGCCUUAUAUAUUGUUACCACUGUGGUAUUCCACUUUUAUCCCGCUCGGCUUUCAUAGGAAUAAGCUGUGUGGAGUUUUACGCAGUUAAGUCACUUUUUCGUAACUGUUAAAAUGCAGUUUCUGCUACUACCAAAGAAGCUUCUUCUGGACAACAUUUCCUGUUCAGUGAGUGUUCUGAUGUGUUCAUUUAUGAACUAAUUUAUUUGUGUAUUGUAAUGCCAUGGCAUUUGUGACUAUUUUGUCACGGCUGCAGAACGAAAGCUUCAAUGGCAUGCAUGAGACUGCACUGCAACGACUCAUGUCAGUAAGUAAAUGUUUACUUUGUCAGGGUUUAGAAAAACAACUAUGCAAUGGUCCAUAUGCAUUUAAUUUGAUUGUUUGCAAUUGAUUUAAUUUGCAAUACAAAUGAUAAUCUAAAUGCCUUUUGACUCAACUACCCAAUGUUUACAACAGCAUGAAGUCUUUUGUAUUUUAUACUGACUGCUUUUUCAUUAACAUUAGUUUUCAUGUUAUAUAAAGGUGAUGUUGAAUAACGUGCAUUUUUUUAAUUAA